AUGUCGCGAUACGACCGAAGGAGAGUCAACGGCCCUCCAAGCUACGUUCCUGUCUACGACAACAAUGCAUCCACUUCCAACGCGUCCAGCUCAACCUCGACGCUGACAACCUCGACACAGCGACCCGACGGUCGAGCCUAUACGCAGCUGCGAUCGAUCUUUCUGCAGACCAACCUGGUGCCCUCGGCAUCUGGCAGCUCGUACGUCGAGAUCGGCGACCUCAAGCUGGCAUGCUCCGUGUUUGGGCCCAGGCAGGUCAAGGGACGUCAGUACAGCGGCAAGGCGGAGCUCAAUGUUGAAGUCAAGUUCGCUCCGUUCUCCUCGAGACGUCGAAGGCAACCCGGCAAGACCACGGAAAGUGCGCAUUUGUCGGGACUCCUUCACCAGGCGUUGCUACCUUCUCUACGAUUGGACUUGCUUCCCAAAGCCUCGUUGGAUAUCCACAUUAUGGUGCUACAAACCGACGGGUUGGAGGAGUCGUGUAUUGCUGCGGCAUGUAUGGCUGCGUCGACCGCCCUCGCUUCCGCGGGUAUCGAGAUGUGCGGUCUCGUAGUUGGGACCGUCGCUCUCGUUCCAGCACAGAGCUCGGGCGAGCAACGCGUGCUGCUCGACCCAAGCUCGGCGGACAUUGGUCUGGUGACGGGGAUGAAGACCUCGACACGCGUGCUGCUGUGCGGCAUGCCAGCUCUCGCUUCGGUAACGUGUCUCAAUGUCUCUGCAGGAUCGACACAGCUGUCCUCGGCGAAGAAGGACCCAGGCUCAAAUGCGGUCCUUACGGCAGGCCUAGACGGAAAUACCCUAGAUCACGCUCUUGAGGCGGCAAACGCCGGCCUGGUCGACAUCCAUAAAGUUGUGGCUCAUGCCCUCGCCAACGAUUUCCAGCGUCGAACCGCCGUCUCGGCCUCGUCGUGA